GUUACACUGAUAGCCGGCUGCAAGGAAUUUCUAGAUAUACAGUUAAGGAUAAAUGAAAAGAAAACACUGAAUACUUUGAACAAAGAUCCCAACCGGAUAACUAUCAGAUUUCCAAUGGAAGGAAGAAUUAAAACAAGAGAAAUGAAAGUAAAUUGUCUUAUUCAGGCUCAGCUAGGAUGCAUUCCCAUACAAGAUUUUGCUUUGACGCAAGAUACCGCAAAGAUUUUCAGACAUGGCUCCCGAAUUACAAGAUGGUUGUCAGAUUUUGUAGCUGCUCAAGAAAAGAAGUUCACCGUACUAUUGAAUAGUUUGAUUUUAGCUAAAUGUUUUAGGUGUAAACUUUGGGAAAACUCUCUGCAUGUAUCCAAACAACUGGAAAAAAUUGGUAUAACAUUGUCAAAUGCAAUUGUAAAUGCUGGUUUGACUUCCUUUAAAAAAAUAGAAGAGACAGAUGCAAGGGAACUUGAAUUGAUUUUAAAUAGACAUCCCCCCUUUGGAACCCAGAUAAAAGAAACUGUGGUGUAUCUACCAAAAUAUGAACUUAAAGUGGAACAGAUUACAAGAUAUAGUGAUACGACGGCAGAAAUAUUAGUGACUGUUAUAUUAAGAAACUUUGAACAGCUACAAACUAAAAGAACAGCAUCGGAUUCUCACUAUGUUACCUUAAUCGUAGGUGAUGCAGAUAAUCAGGUAGUUUAUCUGCACAAGAUUAUGGAUUCUGUUUUGCUAAAAGCUGGAAAUUGGGCUAAAAAGAUUGCUGUGAAGAGAGCUCUUAAAUCUGGAGAUCUUAGCAUAAAUCUAAUAAGUUCUGAAUUUGUUGGGCUUGAUGUUCAGCAGAAAUUUACAGUCUUUUACUUAGAACUCAAGCAGUUUGGAAAUCAAAUGACUAUGCAAAGAAAAUCUGAAACACAGAUUUCCCAUUCUAAACUUUCAGAUAGAUCUACAAUAGCAGGACCUAAUAAAGCCAUUGUCAGGGGAGAGCAAGUGAUGUACAAGAAUCAACAGAUCUGUUAA